AUGGCGGGCUCAGAGGACAUCACCGACUUUGAGGUGAUUGAGAACCAAAAGGAAAACAUCCAGUCCCUGCCCGGCGGCCGCUCAGCCAGGAAGCUGGCCGGCCUCUUCUCCUCUCCCCUCCACAACCUGUCUACUCCCACGCCGACCGACACACGAAACAUCAACGACGCCAUCCGCGCAGAAUUCGAGGCGGAAAUCGACAACAUCUCCGAAUCCGACGACCCCCUGGACGUGUUUGACAGAUAUGUGCGCUGGGCGAUUGACGCGUAUCCUUCAGCGCAAGCGACGGCCGAGUCGCAACUGCACACGAUCCUCGAGCGCGCGACCAAGGCGUUCACCUCCUCGUCCCAAUACAAGAACGACCCCAGAUACCUGAAGCUGUGGAUGUACUAUAUCCAGCUUUUCUCCGACACGCCACGCGAGACGUUCCUCUUCCUCUCCCGGCACGGCAUUGGCGAGAGCUUAGCCUUGUACUACGAAGAGUACGCUGCGUGGCUCGAAGGUGCAGGCCGAUGGGCACAGGCGGAAGAAGUCUACAAGCUCGGCAUCGAGCGAGAGGCGCGGCCAGUGCAGAGGCUGCUGCGCAAGUUCAAGGAGUUUAGCGAGAGGCUGGCUCAGCAUCCAGACGCCCUGGCGGAGCCCUCCUCGCCAGCUCUGCCCACCGUUCGUCCUGCGCUGGCCAGCAAGACGGACCCCUUUGCGAGCUCGUCCCAUCCAGUCGACCCACAAGCUCCCAGGCAGACCAGCGGCAUCGGCGGGAGCUCAUCCCGGCCUGCAAAGUCUAAGAUGGCCAUCUUCUCUGAUGCCGAUGCCCAACAGCCCGCCAUGUCGUCAAGAGAUGCGGCAUCCAAGGGCUGGGAUAGCAUUGGGUCUCUGGCUGACCGAAAGAAGGAAAACACGCUCGAGCCGAAGCCUUGGGUUGGAGAGACGCUCAAGGCGGGCGGUAGGAAGCCCGCAGCUGGGGGAACCAAGCUGGCAGUGUUCAGGGAUCCGUCCCUUGCUCAAAUACAAAACAUCGUUGUUGUUCCGUCCAAGCAUCAAGUAACGGUGCAUCCACAGACGGGGAAGAGGGAGUACAUCUUUGUUGACCUAGCAGCUGUCUAUCCAACCCCUGAGGAGCCUGGAACAGAGUUGAGCUUCGAGGAGAUUAUUGCGGCACAUCGUGGCUGGCUUGACCGGCUGUGGGAUACUGACAUGGCGACUGAAAUCUACGCUUCAGAUCCACUACGUGAUAUGGAACAUGUGACACAGACAGAUCAGUUGGUUGAUCACCAAGACUAUGACCCCAUGGACCUCGAUGAGAAUGGCGUAGCGCAAGAGAAGCCUCGUGAACUUCGUGCGGGUAGGAGGAAGAAGAUAAUGGAGGUCAAUGAGACGCAGAUCAUCAAGGCGAAGCUCGACUCUCCGUCAGGGCCAAAAUUUCGAAAGAAAAAAGCAGCGGAGCCUACCAUGACCAUUCACACGAAAGCUGCCACGGACGAUAUAUACGAGAUCUUCAACGCACCGCUCAAGCCCGCACCUGUGGAUGGGGACGAGACUGGGGACGAUUAUGAUGAUGACGACGACGACGAAGACGAAGACGAUGAUGAAGACGACGACGGCGAUGAAGACGAGAUUGUGACUGACGCCGAUUUUGCAAGUGAUGCCGAGAGUACAGGCACUACGAAACAAAUUCAACAAGGUGAGCAGGAAAGCAUGUACAAGGUUCUAAUCACCGUUGACAUAGAUAUAACAUCACGCAGCCUAGCUGGUGAUGCGGAAGAGGCAUUCUCUGAGGACGAAGAAAUGGAACCGCCUAGGACACGCACCAUCUUCAUUCCCCUCCCUCCGGAAGACUACGAGCCACCAACCCGCCCGUAUAGGGACGCGGCGACGAUGGCCAACAAUCGGCUGCCCUUUAUGACGCCCAUCACGGAGAGGACCGAGUACUCGAUGGAUGUCGACAUGGACCGAGCCUAUCAAUUCAAGACUCCUAGCAAGCAGGAUGAUAGAGCUACGCCCAUUGAGGAGGCAUCGGAUUCGGAAUCAGGAGGCAGCCCCCUGAGAGAGUUCUUCCCAGCAGAGAGCCCCUUUACGAAAGGUCGAGAACCUCUGGGGUCCAAGGCAGCCAAAGCACUAAGUAAGACCGGCCCAAAUAGGGGUGUACCUGUCAAAGGCCCCAUUGUUAAGGAAGCACAGUGCAGUCCCAUCGACGAUAACAUCAGACGGACCAUCUUGACGAACAUACAGCCUCCGUUGGUGGCGUAUCCCGGCUUCUACGACCACCACAAUCAGAGAUACGAACGCGGCGGAGAUAUUCGCAGAUUUGCCAAAGCCGUCAGCAGGCUGGGCAAGGCGAACCCGGAUAGAGCUGGACUGGGCAUCGCCCCUGCGGUGAUUCGAUUCGCCGACUGCCAGUCGAGAUACACGGUCAAGAGAGAACUGGGCGCCGGCGCUUUUGCACCAGUGUACUUGGUCGAAAACUCUGAACCAGACCAGGAUGACGACAGGGUCAUGAUGAAUCAGGGGGCGUUCGCCGCAUCUCAUCGUGCCGCCGUAGAAGCUCUGAAGAUGGAAUCUCCUCCGACGCCGUGGGAGUUUUACAUUAUGCGUACGGCGCAUGCGCGCUUGGGGCCUCAGCAUCGAGCCACGGCAUCAAUAUCGCUGGCACACGAAAUGCACCUCUACCAGGACGAGGCUUUCCUCUUCCUGCCGUAUCAUCCCCACGGCACACUGCUCGACGUCAUCAACAUCUUCCGAGCCGAGCCCUCGGGCGUCAUGGACGAGCAGCUUGCCAUGUUCUUUGCCAUUGAGUUAUUUCGCACCGUCGAAGCUCUCCAUUCAAAGGGCGUCCUCCACGGCGACCUGAAGCCCGACAACUGCCUGCUCCGCCUCGAUGCCAAGUCGGCGUUCUUCUCGUCAGAUCACGGCCUGUCUAGCCAAUGGCACGCAGAUGGAAGCGGCGGCUGGGACUCGCGGGGCGUCGUCUUGAUUGACUUUGGGCGAGGCAUCGACAUGAAGGCGUUUGCACCAGACGUGGAAUUCGUCGCGGACUGGAAGACGACGGCGCAGGACUGCCCCGAGAUGCGCGAGGGACGGCCCUGGACGUGGCAGAUUGACUACUACGGGCUGGCGGGCGUCGUUCACUGCCUGCUGUUCGGCAAGUACCUCGAGACGGUGCGGGCGGACCAGGGCGGGCUCGGGCUUGGGCGCGGCGGACGCAGGUACAGGAUCCGGGAGAGCUUGAAGCGGUACUGGCAGACGGACAUUUGGGCCGACUGCUUCGAGGUGCUGCUCAACCCGGCGUCAUUUGUGGCGCACGAGGACGGCGGGAGGAUGCCGGUGCUGCGGUCGAUGAGGAGCAUUCGCGAGCGCAUGGAGGCGUGGCUCGAGGACAACUGCGAGAGGGGGGCGGGACUGAAGGCCAUGAUGGGGAGGGUGGAGGCGUUUGUCAACAAGAGUCGCAGGUGA